GGUUGAGGGGUUGAUGCACAAUUUUCGUUGUAGCGUCACUUUGUUCUCUAAAGUUUGUCAAAUAAAUUGGAAUUGUUGGGAAUACUGAGGAAGUAAGAUUUUUUUUUCAAAAUACCUGAAAGCUAACCUCCUUGUAUUAUGUCUGCAAAACGUAAAGCUGGCGGGAACGGUGCAGGACCAAACAAGCGUCGGCCGAAGAAGCAAGAAGACUUUGAAGAGGACUUAAGUGAUGCUUCUAGCGACGAAGGCCAAUCUACCUCAAACCAGGUUGAAGUUUUGAUUCCCAAUGACGAUUUGGAUCCCCCCAGCAAGUUGCCGGAUGAUUUACUAACAUCUCUGGAAAAAACCCCAGGUCAAAUGCUGAUUGCUGGAAUGGUGACAUGGGAUUUAACGGGAAAGCGAGAUCGCAAAAAUGUUGUGAAAGUACGACCAAACCUUUAUAAUUUUCAUAGAUUUACUGAUGAGAAGUACCGCUACUGUGCAAGUGGUUGCAGCUCUGCCCAUACGCUUCUUAUUAAUAUGGAUCGUAAAGCCCUCGCUUUUGGUCGCAAUCCAUCAGGACAAUUAGGUUUACCUGAUGUGAAGAUAUGUGAGAAGCCUACAUUGAUUCCAGGGUUGGAAAAAUUUAACAUUGUGCAGGUAGCCUGUGGUCGCCAUCAUUCCCUCUUUUUGACCGAUACAGGUAUAGUUUACGCUUGCGGAGAGAACAAGUCUGGUCAAUGUGGUAUUGGCAAUACUCAGCCAGUAGUAAAUAUCCCAACACCAAUAAAUUAUGUUGGCCCACCAAUUAUUCGCAUUGGUUGUGGUGCCGAAUUUUCAGUGAUACUCGAUAUCAAAGGUAAUUUACACACUUUUGGAUUACCUGAAUAUGGCCAGUUGGGACAUAACACGGACGCAAAGUACUUUGUCAAUGCCAACAAGUUAUCGUUCCACUUUGAAUCUUCACCCAAAAAAGUCGUUCUUUAUAUUGAAAAAAAUAAGGAAGGACAUGUAACACCUGUGGACAACGUUCAAAUUGUGGAUUUUGCCUGUGGUAACAAUCAUACGGUUGCCAUUGAUUCGAAGAAGCGCGUUUAUAGUUGGGGAUUUGGAGGGUUUGGACGUUUGGGGCAUGCUGAGCCAAAGGAUGAAAUGGUACCCCGUUUGAUAAAAUUUUUUGAUACUCAAGGACGUGGUGCACGUAAUGUAUAUUGCGGCGCAACUUUCAGUCUCAUUGUCAACGAACUUGGUGUUCUCUUCCUAUUUGGACAGAAUAAGAAGACAGGAGAAGCAAACAUGUAUCCAAAACCGGUUCAGGAUUUAUCGGGUUGGAACAUAACUGAUAUCGGAUGUGGAAAUACUUCUAUUAUUAUAUCAGCUGAUGAUACCUUAAUCGCCUGGGGCGCUUCUCCCACAUAUGGGGAGCUAGGUAUUGGCGAAUUUCAAAAGUCUUCCACUGUUCCUAAGGAAGUGCCCAAAAUGGAUAACAUAAAAAUACCUCAGGUAGCAAUGGGUUAUUCUCACACAGUUUUACUCGUAAAUACUGAUCACGAGUCAACUAAAGAAAAGUAUGAGAAACUGCCAGAAUAUACCAUCGAUGAUUGAAUCCAAUCCAAAUUUAAUUGUAGUUGUUGACUUUCAUACUCCUCACUCUGCAUUUAUGAUAGAAUAGUAACUCGGUGAUAGAGGGUUUUACAUUGAGUUAUAAAGUUUAAAGAGAUAAUUCAAUACACAUAUAUAUAGAACAAUACAUUUAAAUUGAUUUCCUUUGUGCAUGGUCAUGGAAUAUUGUAAGGCCUGUGCAUUUGUGAAACAUUUUUAUGAUUUCCUUACAUUUACUUACUAUUAUAUUGGGUUUGCAUUUUUAUAUCAUCACAUCCGAAAAAAGGUGUUCGUAAAGAAUACUUGAUAGGUCUGAAGUGCAUUAUUUGAUAUCAGAGUCCAAUCCAUACAUAUUUAGUAGUAAGAAUGAUAAAUUAAGAUUCAAUGUCACUAUUUUAUAAUUUUUUACUGUUUGGCGUACAUAUUUAUAUUUUAUCACAUUAAUGCAGUAUUGUACUCAUACGUAUUACAAUUACAUACGAAGAACCUAUUUGAAAUAAAACUCAAUAAUAAAAACA